AUGAAAAACCCACUACAGAGCACAUUGCUUUCUCCCACAUCCAGUAAACUAAUGACGCAGUAUAUUGUCAAGACGAACUUAAAUCACCACUACAAUAAGCUUCAAAAUGCCAAAGCACGUAUUGAUAAUUCGCUUCCAGAUUCGAUGCUUAAAAGCCAAAAAGUUCGUGACCGAAAAAAGCAGGAAAACCGACCUCAUUCCUCUAAAUCCUCACGUUGUGCAAAAAAUCACCAGACUAGCAGAUCUCACUCUCAACUUUCAAACUAUGGCAAUUUGGAAGAAAAUUUCAUGGAUAAAUAUGGUGAUGACCUAGAAGCAGAGGUGGAGCGUAUUGUACAAAUGACCCUUAAUGGUAGAAGCCAAGAUCUUCAAGGGUCUCUCUAUACCCAGAGUACAAAAGACUACAAUAGGCAAACAAAUGCCACUUCUGAGGAUACAUUAAGAAGCACAAGCCGUUGUAGGAAAAUGUCCUCGAUGUCACAAAUGAGCUUUGCUGCUCCAUCCUUUGUUUCAAACUCUGAAAAGCAAGGAACUGGGCGAAGACCUGGCUCCUCAACCCGCAGAGAAGAACAGGAUCUGUUGCGCACUAGGGCUCAUCUGUUUACUGAACCUGAGAAACCAUUUGUACCAAAAAUACUUAAAUCUAAUCGGACAUCGUUACUGAACCAAUAUAAAUACUACAAUCCACCUAAGAGAAUAAAACCCAAGCAGCACCCAGGUGAUUUAAAUCAGCCUAAAUUGUCUUCUGAUGUGAGGGAAAGUGGUAAGGGAGAGGCUCCAGUUCCAAAACCCAGGCAAAAGGCUAAUCCUGGAGAUACACCAACACUAUCCUCUAAGACACAGUACUUGAAUGAAGAAUGUAAAAAAGUGCCACCUCUUGAAAUUCCUGCAGAUGAAGACCACAAGGAAUCUUUGUCAGAGCAGAUGACGUCAUCGAAGAGGUCACCUCCAGUGUCAUCAGCGGGCCAUGUAAAACUUUUGCACUCUCAGUCUGCAAUGGAUUUGCCUAAGGGGCUAGGUGGUCUUAAUAAAUCUGAAAGUUUGACUACUCAUGGUAGUGAAUCAAGAGACAAAGAAUAUGGUUCGAAUCAUAUGAUGACACCAAAAAAUCAACGAAAGAAAAAACAUGUGAACCUGAAUUCUGAACAUAGCUCACGAUCGAUUUUGGAAACUAAAUGGGAGGAAGCUGACUACACAACUUUCAUGAAGGAGGUCACUGAAGAGAUCUUAAUGAAAGGAUUAUAUACAAACAGAAGUAUCCAAAGAGUAUUUGAAUCACAUAUGAGAAAAAGAAAAGGCCAAUUAAAUGAGGGUGAGAUGAAGAAAAUGUUGAGUAAGUUGCAAAACGACAUUGGUAUUUCUCGGAGUGACCUUAAAGAAUCCACAAGGCCGACAUUACAAUCAAGUUCUGCUUCUUCUGUGAAAGUCAAUUCUUCUUCUGUUCAGAUGAACCAAAAUGGAAAAGAUCCUGACCAGGACAGAGAUCUGCUGUCAACUGUAAUGUUGAAAGAAUAUGAAGAGAAGCUGAUCCAGGAUGAAAACUCUCAUGUCACCUCUGAAGUUAAAAGUUCAGAGAUUGAUCUUAAUGCUUACAAAGAUCACCAAAAACAGAAGGUGCAAGAAUUUGAGGCAAAAGAUAUGAGCAACAACAGCAAAAACCCUGAAAAAUUUUGUGGAGAUGUUGAAGAGAAAAAGAUGACAGUUUCAGAGUCGCAAGGAACUGGUGCUCGGAGGCCAGUUCCUCGGCCUAGACAGAAGAAUUCCACUACAAAUUUGACCUCCAGUAUCCCAUCUAAUGUGCCUUCUUUUCCUGAUAAUCAAAGCCUGAAGCAAAUCGGAGAGGUCAACCCAGUUCUCAGGUGA